UAUGAAAAACAAACAUGAACAAUUUAAUUACGUCUGCUUUAAAAAAUUUGUCCAUAAAUCCAAAAAUGCCGGAUUUAUCAUCAAGCAAAAGCUGUGAUAAUAAAAUAAAUAUAAAAGGUGGGGAUCAUGAUAUAAAAUUGAAUUGUAGUACAGAUGGUUCCAGUUUUGUUUUAUGGAAGGAUGCAAUGAAAAUGGUUGCUCGUCUACCAGAUGGAAUACCUCCUGAUUUUAGAAAGCAGUUGUGGCUGACACUAGCUAAAAAGCAUCUUGACAGCAAAAAUAUUGAUCUGAAGAGAGCAUUUUCUGUAUGCCUUAGUGAAAGAAGUGAUCCAGAAGAUGCAGAUCUCGGGACACAAAUCAUAAAAGAUCUGCACCGUACUGGUUGUAGUCCUUUUAGUGGCGAUGUAGCUGAACAAAACCAAAGUCAUCUGAAGAGAGUCCUUCUGGCUUAUGCUAGAUGGAAUCCCAGUGUAGGAUAUUGCCAGGGAUUCAACAUGUUAGCAGCAAUCAUAUUGGAAGUUGUUGAUUGGGUAGAAGAAGAUGCUUUGACUGUAAUGAUUUUUUUAAUUGAAGAAGUGUUGCCUGAAAGUUACUUUGCCAACCAUUUAAGAGGUUUGUCUGUAGAUAUGGCUGUUUUCAGAGACCUACUGCGUUUACGUCUUUCUAGUCUUUCUGCUCAUUUAGAUAGACUACAAUCAAAAACUCAGGAUGCAAGUACAGGUCAUAUUUAUGAACCUCCUUUAACUAAUGUUUUCACUAUGCAAUGGUUCCUAACCCUUUUUACAAAUUGUUUACCAAAAGACACAGUCUUGCGAGUAUGGGACCUGAUUUUUCUAGAAGGGAAUGAAGUUUUAUUGAGAACUGCUCUUGCAAUAUGGGAUGGAUUAGCUGAUCGAAUUAUGGCUGUUGAAAGUGCAGAUGAGUUUUAUUGCAUUAUGGGUGUUUUGACUAGAGAAAUUCUUGAAUUUGGAUUGAUGGAUGCUAAUAUGUUUGUGAAGACUGUGUGCACCUUGGCUCCUUUUCCUUUUCCUCAACUGCAAGAGUUGAGAGACAGCUAUACCUACAACAUACAGCCUUUUACUUCCUCUUGGUCUUCUGAUGCAGAAUCACAGAUUUUCUCUGGAGAACCAGAUGAUGAAGAUGAAGAUCUUAAUACAGCCAAGUGGUACUUUUCUAAUGAAUUACAGUGGUAUAGGAAGAAAGGUUUAGUUGGUUCAGCAGUUGCAAUGGGAAAUAUUGGACCUGGAGCAUACAGCUCUUCAGAAAAUAAUUUUCCUUUGUCAUUCACCAAUUUCAAUACUGAGAGAAUGACUUUAGAUAUUUCUUCUUUAAAAAAGCAAUAUAUGAAACUCAGGGAAAGGCAAAAGCAAGCUCAUGUAAUUCUUACUGGUGCCUUCCAAAAUCAUUUUCAAAAUCGUCGUCGCAAUUCUCUUGCUGUCAAUCAUCUCCUGAUGGGUAAACAGCCUCUUACCAGGAAAAAAUCCCACCAACCACAAUUUGUGUUUGCAGAAAAGAAUACCACCUCUAAAAGUUUUCAAGAAGGCAAUGCCAAAACAAUGAGGAACAAUGAUAGUGAUGAUGAGAAAGACAAAGAAUAUCUGGAAACUUCUCAUCCCAUACCUUUUCAAGUUGAAACAGUGCCAGAAAAUGUUUUCAGUCUAAAUGACACCAAUGGUCCUUUGGCUAAAUGCUGUGAUAAUAAAAUUGUAGCUUGUAAACCUAGAAACUUGAGUGCCAUUUCCACAUGUUCCUCUUCUGAAAUUGUGGGGAAUAAUUGUAACUGUAGUUUAUCAUUUACUUGUCCUGCUCAUGUUGAUACUUCCACUGAUAAACCUGCUGCUGUGAAUCCAUUUCCAACAAGACGGCGAGUUGGAUCCAUGAAAACAAAGAAGUAGAUUCAGUUUAAUUUCCAGUAUGUAAAGCAGUAGAUAAAUUCUUGUACUAAAUGUACAUUGGAAUUUAUUUGUGCACUUUCUUAUGUACAUCAAAAGCAACAAAAAAGGUUUUUUUUUUAGUUGAAAUUUGUUAAAACUUUUAUCAUAUUUUCAUUGUUUUUUUUUUAAUAAUCUUUUCUCACCCAAUCUCAAAUUAAUAGUCUGAAAAAAUUAAUGAAAUUGUACAAUAAAUACACUUACUUUAAAUAUUAUAACAAUCAUAAAAUUUUUGAAAAGAUUGAAAUGAGGGUGUAAUAAUUUAAAGUCCAUAUAUGUUGUCCUCAAAUCUGAGAUAGGGUUGUGGUGACCUGGUGGUAAGGUCUCGGCUUCAGAAUUGGAGGAUUUUAGAUUUGAGACCUGAUUUCACCAAAGAACCAUUGUGUAAGUGAUCUGGGGCCUGCUAAAUCCAUCGGGGCCAAAUGUCCACCCACUGGUGUGGUCUGGAAGUUUGGAGAGGAGGUGCCAGCUCAGAUGUCGUCCUUGUCAUCUGAUCGCAGUUCAAAAUUAUGAGGUCCGUCCCAAAAUAGACCUAGUGUUUUAAAAUGGGACGUUAAUAUAACUAAACUAAAAAUUAAACAAACUCAAAUCUGAGAGUGGUAAAAAAAAAAAAAAAAAUGAGAAAUUUUUAAUACAAAAGUACAUUUUAAGUGUUGAAAAUUUUCGUAUAUGUGCAUUUUGCUCAUUUGAUACAUUUAUAUUCCCUUUCAAAUAUCAAAAGGUUAUUUAGCUUUUCUAUUGUUAAUUUUAAAUACGAAUUAUGGUGCUUCUUGUUUUGUUGUGCAUAGUUAUAUCUUGUUAAAAUAUGUAGAAAAAUAUUAAUCAUAUUUUAACAAUUACUUCUCUUUUUUUAUUUUAAAAUUUCAUUGUGACACUUUUUUCUUUUGACAAAGAAAAAGAAGAAAAAGAAAAUAGCAUCAUAAAACUAUGAAGCACAUUUUAUGUCAGAUUAAAACUCAUAAGAUAUUUAAUACAACUGAAUUGUAAUAUUUAUUACAAUAUGCCUAUCACCAGCUUGCACUUUUGUGCUAGUGCAGCUUUAUAGAAAACCAUCAUGCAUGGUAAUUUGCAUGCAAUGUGUAAAUAGGAAUAGUUAUGGUUGCAGUUUGAUGUUACUGUAUGUGCUUAUACUAUGCAAGCAAGUGUAAAAUAAGGAAUCAAUUUACUAUUAAUCCAGAUGUUUUUAUUUUAUAUCUAAUCUGCUUUUCAUUGCUUUGAUGGUUAUCAAUUUAAAAAUAAGUCCAAGAAUGUGUUUAAUGUUUUUUACUUUCAUGCAUCACUUGUAUUGCAUAUUACAUUUGCAUUCAACUUGCUGCAGAAUGUUAAGAUUUAUGAAGUGGAAUUAAAUUCAUAUUGUAAGGUAUCUAAAAAUUUAAGUCUAAAAUAUAUAAUUAUGUCUGAAAUUGGACUAAGCAAUAUAUCUGAUCACAGGAUCUAAAUAAGUGAUUAUGAAUACGUGUCAGACAAUGGCUCAGUAUAAAUGCCUUAAGGGUACAAAACUCUGCUCAAAAAACAUAUUUCUUAUAAAAUACUUUUUUAAUUUUAAAACUAAACUUGGAUGGCAUCAAUAUUGAUGCAGACUGUCAUUCCAGAUGAACAGAUUGUCUAUAAAAUUGAAGUUUGAAAUGAAUGUUCUACUAUAGGAUUCCAAUAAUACACAUGUUAUGGUAUGUUUUUACAUAUUUGUCAAUUUCCAUGUGGAGAUGUUUUAUUUUAAAAGUAUUCCUUAAAUAAGUAGCUCAGAAAUCAGAGUCAAAAUGGGGUAUAGAAACCCAGGAUACUAGUCUUAAGAGGGUCAUCAAGAUUAAACAGUAAUGCAUUUGUUAUUUUUUAAAGUCAAAUAUGAUAAGGAGCUGAAAAAAAAUAAUGUACACCUCAUGCCAUUUACAUUUAAAUCACUAAUGAUGAUAUUGGAGGUAAAAAAAAUUAUAUUAAAUAUUCAAUUCCCUUUACUCUUGCUAAGUUAUUCUUAUAGGCUUACUCUUUUGGCUCCAAUAUCCUCCUUUGAUUCAUUUUCUACAUCACAAAGCUCCCUCCUCUUUAUUCUUCAUAAUAUAUUAUUUGUCUAAUAAUGAUUAACACAUCAUUUAAAAUUUUCAAAAGAAAUGUAUAUAAUUUGGGCAAAUACAAAUACUUCCCAGUCACUGUCCACAACUAAAUAAUAAAAACUUCCUUAUUCCAAAGAUGAAAAUUCAUAACAGAUAUACUUACUCAUGUAUAAUUUAUAAUUUUUUAAUGGAUUUUCAAUUUCCCAUUUAUACAUUCGAUUUUCUAGGAAUUUAUAAAGUCCAACAGAAGAUUUAUUUAUAAUUUUUGCAAAGAUUUAUUUCAUUUUCUUCAUUUAUCAAUUUCUAAUUUUAGCCAUGGAGCUUAAUAUGUAUAAAAUUUGCUAUUAAACAAUUAGGGAAUGUGAGAUUGACUAUAGGUAUUUUAGUCAGUAUUUUUUUACAUAAAACGGAAUUAGUUUUAAAAUUUGAGUACAAUUUAGUAUAAUCCUUUACUCUGCAUGGCCAGUAUGCGCUAAUUGAUUAUUGGCUAAAUAAAAUUAUAGAUAUUUUCUAGUCACCUACACUUGUUAUUACAUUUUUAAAUUCAGUAUUUGUUGCAUGUGAUCAAAUGUUGUAAUGAAAAAUUAUUUUCAUAUACCUUAUUAAACUUGUAGUUUGUAAUUUACGUAGAAUGUUAUAUUAUCAAACAUUCCUAGUCAUUUUUUUCACUUGUAGCACAGAAAAUUUGUGCUGUAUCUUCCAGCAUUUCAUUUUACAUUUAUAAAGCAUUUAUCUGUGUUUAUAUAUUGUGUCUGUGAUUGAACAGAAAGUACAUUUUUUGAAUGUUAUAGGAUGAAUGCACAUUGAAGCCAUGAUAUGUUUUAGGCAAGUUUGUUGAAAAAAGUCAUGCAAUGUCAUAUAAAUUUGACAGAUUUGGCUUUGUUUUUUCAUGUAACUGUUGUAUUUGUAAACAACUGUUUCAUUUGUACUUUUAUAAUUUUUGAUUUAAUUAACAUGUAUUUCAAAGUCAUAUUGCUUAAUUUGUUUCUCAAUAUAUUAGUUUUGUGUCUAUUACAGUUAAAAUUGUUUUUAUACUUGCCAAAACUAUGCAAUAUUAACUGUUUUUGACUACAUUUAUGUAUAGUACUGCAUUUUUUAAAUGUAUUUAAAAAUAGUAUUUUUAAAUUAAAGAGAAUACUCAAAUAGAUUUGUGGACUUUUUUUAACAAUUAAUUCCCUGCCUUGAAGCAAGAAUAUGGCGAAUGUCUUAUUUCUGGAGGGAUUAAUAUCAGAGACUGCAUUAGUAGGGUGACUAGGAGAGUAAACACCCCCUAUCAAGAGAAACUUGCCCAUGGGCAAGAAAUUGAUUAUCUCAUCAUCAAACAUCUUCACCAUUUUGAAAUAGUUGUGGAGAAUUGGGCUUUAAGAAAUAUGAUAAUUGAAAAUGAUAUUAAAUUUAAUAUAUUUUGAACAAUCAAAAUAUCUAAGUAACGGCUUAAGUCUGCAAAAUGAUAACAUUUGGCAAACUCGUCGACAGUAUAACAAGUAACAAGAUAUUGCAUUUUGCCGAUAAUUUUUCCACAGCCGACUAAGAAUUCAAUACGAUGGAUGCCCGCGUUACGACUACGUUAAGCCCGCAGAUUUUUAGAUAUCUGAAUCAAAUGUUGUUCAUUCAGCUGAUAAUUUGUACUAUGUUUGACAGAAUAACAACUUGGCAUUAAGAGAAUAAAAUGCUGAUUUUUUUUUUCAUAUAUAUAUUUUUUGCUCUACUG